AUGGCCGAAGCUGAAAUGGAGAAACUGGAAACUGAGGUCCUUAUUGGAAAACAUGAACCAUACUACUUAUCCAUACAAUAUUGUGAUUGUCAAAAAAAUCAUGAAAAUAAAGACCUUUCUUUUUUGAUCCGGGCUGGUAGCCUUUGCUAG